AUGUCUGGUGUUUUAGGCCCAGCAUCGAUGCCGAGCACUUCGCCUGCAUCUAUGGCCCAGGCGAUUAACUCAACCAUUUCCCGUACUUCUGGACAUACUCUCCUUCCCUCGCCACGCGAACUUCUCUCCCUUCCUCUCCGCGCUUUAAACCAUGCGGAAACAUUCGCAUUCAGCACCAUUCCACGACACAUCGCCCGACUGGCUGGGAUAGAGGAUAUUACUUUGAAUUUGUGGCCAACUGCUGCGCCAGUAGCGGGACAAAAUAUCGCAGGCCAGGCAAUGAAUACUGCUGCGGAGAUCGCGGCCGGCGCUCCCGAGGUUGUGGAACAGGUGGAAAACUGGUAUCUGGCAGAGCUCACGUCGACGAUGCGGAAGGUCGGUGGCUUCUUUGGAUAUCUGACAAGCAUAUGGUCUUUUGCAUGCUUGGUGGAGGCCUUGAUCCUAAAUCGAAUUACAAUCUAUGCAUCCACGCGACGGCAUCUACAACUUGGAUGGCAGCGACGCCUUGCCCUGCGCAUUAUUCCAAUUCUUCUUUUCCUCUCACAGAUCUUGACUUUGACACGCGGAAUUCGAUGUCAAACAUCCCCUGACUUUUCGACAAUGCGAUAUGGGAGGCCAGGGAAACCAUUGGUAUUUGAUUACGCUACCGGUGGAGGCCCUCUACAUUGGUUUGCAUCCAGUCUGUUACCAUGGGAAUCCGACGAGCAAGCCUGCAGCGCUGUGCAGAUGGCGCAAACGGCCAACACUUCCGGCAUCCCCUAUGGAUCCUUCGCGCUCUUAUGGCCGGUCUUCAUUAUCCUAUGCGUGAGCCAUUUUGUUGAAACACUUUCCUGCGCGUUACAAGGACGUCCUGUCAUGACGGAGACAGGUAUGUCGAUCUUUGAGCACUCUCUUGCCUUUGCCGAAGCCGAAUCCAUGAUCAGCAAGUCGAUUGGACUUGGCAUGUUUGGUCUCACGAAACACACUCCGCUCACCCAGGGUGGGGAUGCGGAUAGUGCGACUUCGCCUCUUCAACUUCUAACAAGAUCGCAAGUCCUGGAUCGCAUGAAUGUGACGCCCGAACUGCUACUUAUCGUCUUAAUUUCGUGCUGUAACAGUUUGACUUCACAUGUCCUGGAUGUCUUUGGCAAGCAAAGCCGAUACCGACUUGCGAAUACCGCUUUCUGGGGGGCUUGUUUCAUGGCUACCAUGUGCUGGGGGUUGGAAGCGGGCCCUCCAGUCAGCCUCGACACAGGUGUGCUUAAAUUUCCCACUGUCUGUAUCGUUGGGUUUAUCCCUCAUCUGCUUGUUUUGUUCGGAGUCCUCAUAUGUGUAGCAAUCUACGGAUUAGCCCUGACAAUUACUGCAUUUUCAUUGUCUCCUGAAGGCAACCACCACCUCUCCCUCCGGGAGAAAUUCGCGAUCGCAAACGAUAAUAUGCAGGGUGGCAGUCAGAUUCGGAACAUCCGUGUGAACCGACAUGAAGAUUUCUACACCACCUUGCUACGCGUUGGUUAUGUGGCUUUAACGGCUGCCAGUGAAGCUGUGUUCUUGAACGAGGGCAAGGCAGUGAUCGCGAGACAAAUGACCUGGCUCGAACAAGACCGGCUUGCUGAGAUUGAAGCCUCUCGGCAACGCAAUUCUUCUCAUGGAAGCUGGCCAAGUCACGGCGCGGGAACGUCGCCUUUUGAUCCCGCCAGGUUUGCUAGCUUUGAGUUGCCAGAUGAUGUUUCAACCUGGGAAAGUGGAUAUGGCGUGGAGAAGAAGAUCGAGAAGCCCAAAAAUGGCUCAAGAGCCACCCAAUCCCAGGCCGAACUAGGAGGUGUUGGUGCUGUGCGGUCUUCUGUUCGACUAUGGCAUGGCAUAUCUUUGUUCCGCGCGAUCUUCUUAUUAAUCGCGCGUUGGAUCGCCUACGGCUUUAAUCGAGUACUUGAUAGACUCGGUAUUCGCGCUCGGCCACAAUGGUUGAAGAAAUUCGAUGGAUCACGGAAGAAGCGAAAAGUUAGCAAAUCCUCUUCGUCGGAAUUGUUAGACUUUUGGAUUCUUACCGAUGAAGGGGUGCUUGAACUUCCUGAGAACCACGACUUCGAUGUCGAGCUGGAAAUGAGGAAGCAGGAGACUUCCGGCAGACAACGCUGGGAACUCCCUGACGAGAGCAGACUGGAGGAGAAGAUGUAUGGGUGGUGGAAGGCCGGUGGGUCCUGGGGCAACCAAGAUCAUACUCCUGAUUACAGACCCCCUGUGUACGAGGAUGAUAUCACAAGUGUUGUUUCAUUUUCCACAAACGCCUCGGAGUCCGAAUGGGAGGACUACCCUUCAGAUGGUCGCCGGACCCCCACUCAAUCCAAUCCAAACCCCGACUUCUCUCGCGAGAGUUCGCCCUUCCAUGAUACACACCUGGACAUGGGAACAUUCGCUCGUCUUCUUGAUCCCCGUGAUCUUGAAAGCAGAGAAGAAGCCCGCAUUCUUGCUGCCCAUCUCACCCCUAGACAGGGAGAUCGCAUUAUGACUCGUAGCCAGUAUCAAAAGCAGGUCGAACGCGACAGAUCACGUGUUCUUCUUUCCUCUCGUGUACAUUAUGCCGGCUCCAAGUCGGCCGCCGAAAAGCGCAAACCUAGCCCCGAAGAAGAAACCGAAAUGCUCGAACGGCUGAUCAUCUCUCGGCGCUCUGAAACCGCCCCGACAUCAGAUGUCCACAGUUGGGAAGAGGGCGCAAUGGGUUUGGGCCCGAACGGACCACCCUGUGUAGUCUGCCAGACGAGCCCUCGGUCCAUCAUUACCUGGCCCUGUCGAUGCCUUUGCAUAUGCGAGGACUGCCGUGUCAGCCUGGCCAUGAACAACUUCGGUAGCUGCGUUACUUGUCGUCAAGAAGUUGGGGGUUUCAUGCGGUUAUGGGUUCCGUGA